UAGAGCUCUUCUCUCUCUCUAUCAUCAGCUUCCUGCUACUCUCUCUCUCAUCAGUUUCCUGCUACUCUCUCUCAUCAGUUUCCUGCUACUCUCUCUCAUCAGCUUCCUGCUACUCCCUCUCAUCAGCUUCCUGCUACUCUCUCUCUCAUCAGUUUCCUGCUACUCUCCCUCUCUCAUCAGUUUCCUGCUACUCUCUGUCUAUGGGCCCCCUUUCCCUCCCCUCCUUGUUCUUCCCCUCAGCAUCAUCGUACUGCCUCCUCUGCCUACUGGUGUUCCUUUAUUAUUCAUACAGACACAGACCCAGGGAACAGACAUCCCUGUACCAUUGUGCAACAGCAACCCUGAAAUGGAAGUUGCAAACAAAGUACAGUACAGUGAGUAUCAUAUGACAAACCCUAUACUACAAACAUUUGGUUGAAAAAUGACUUUGGGUGGGAGGGGAGGUAAAUAGAUACACAAGUCAUGUCAGAUGUGAUGUAGGACAGCUGUAGGUCACAUGGUAUGCCUGUCAUCUUGGAGAUCAUUGUUCAAAGUCUGUGUCCAUUACUUCCCAAAAUGAUACGUGCAAGAUCACAUUUAUACCGUGAACAUUGCCUGUGUUAAUAUUGGCAACGUUUGAAAUUACUUAUGUAUUCACAAUUUUGAUGUCCUAAUGAAAUGUAUAUGUUUCAAGUUGUUUACUUUGGGCAAGACAGUAUAGUUUCAUUAAAUGAGUGCAGACUUAGUGAUUUACUCUGUGGUAUAGUAUGCAGAUUGCACUCUCAGUCUGGGACAUCUAUUGGGACUCAGGAUAUGGUUGGUGAUAUAAGGGGAUUAAGGUCAAACUCACACAAGCAACAUGACAUGGAUUAGGCCUAGUGAGUAGUGCUCUGCCCUGUCUGUAGUGGAAUAUACCACUAUACCAGUCUACACCACAAUGUUACCCAUCUCAAAAGCAGUCCCUGUGAACUUUACUUUUAUUAAAUGUUUUAAUUGAAAUAAUCUGUCCCCAAAAGGAUUAAUCCAGAUCAUGGCAUUGGCAGAAUUGACUCUGAUUAUAAGGGCUUAUGUAGUCAAGCUGGCCCAUCAGGGAUCAGUCGUGCCAUUCACAACGCCAUCCCUCAGUCGAAGGCUGGGACUCAGUGACCAAAACUUGAGGACAGAAAAAACAAAAGUGUUGCCUGCAAAUCCCCUUGUAGGAUAUUCACACAGUUGAAUCUGAUGGUAAGUAGUGGAGCAGUUUGGUGAAGAGCUACAGUAGUAGAGCACUGUCCAGUCCAGCUCUCUCCUACAGUGGACUACCAGAGGAAACAUUGUCUCCAUGGCCACCGAGGGGAUGUCUAGAGAAGAGGCAGAGGAGUACCAGAAACAGCUGGUGGAGGAAAAGAUGGAGAGAGAUUCAGAGUUCUUGGUAAAGAAGGCUGAGAGGGCUACAUUGAGAACGUGCUUAAGAGACAAAUACAGACUACCAAAGAGUGAACAGGAUGCAAACCUGAUGGAGUCGGCAGGAGACGACAUCGACGUGCCAGAAGAACUACUCAAAAUGGUGGACGAGGACGCCACAGAGGAGGAAGAGAAGGAUUCUAUCCUGGGCCAGAUACAGAACCUACAGAACAUGGACAUGGACCAGAUCAAGGAGAAAGCGUCGGCCACUAUGGUUGAGAUGAAAUCUAAAGCAGAGGAGAAGUGCUGUGUCAUGUGAUGAGAGAAAACAUUGGUUCAGUUGAUUAGUUCCUAAGCACCAAGUUUGACCAAGGAUAUAACUUCCAAGGUUGGACUUCCCUGAAAUAUUCCAGCUUUCCAGUAUUCUAAUCUAGACUGUGGACUUGGAUUGAUCUGAAACACGUAUAGUAGACCUUCUACACAGUCUAAAUUGAACCAGUCUUAGGUUGGCUAAUCUGUCAAUAGAGGGUUGAAGAGAUGACUCUUAAUCUGUCUUUCUCAGAAAGCUGUGGGGAAGAGAUCGGGAAAAACAUCACAGGGCUGAGAGGGAGUAAGAGUAUUUUAGUUGUUGUAAUUAAAAAAGGGGUUCUGUUCUUUUUAUAUACAGCAAACUUCAUGUUUUCUUUGCAAGAAAGUACAAUUGGGAGGAGAGAAAAAACAA